UAACGUGAGGUUAGACAAGGAGAGAGGGCCUGCCUUGUGAAACGUGGGAGACUCAUGCGCAGCCAGGACACUAAUAUUUCGUAAGGGCUUGGCACGUUUGCUGAAUGAUUCUGGCACACUGCCCAGCUCUGAGUUUCCUGUUCGUAGCUCCUCAGAUGUGUCACUGCAGGAUUAAGGCCCAAGAGGCCCUGAUACAGGCGUCAUCAGGAGCCCACUUUCGCUGGGUCGUCUGACAAGAUGUGAGCUGUCUGUCACUCUUAUGCACUCCAGCCCCUGCCCCAAAAGAGAGAAUAUGAAAGUGCUACUUGGGCUUAUUUAUUUCAUCGCCCCUCUGUUGUCACUGGAGACUGAUGACUGUAAGGAGUUAACAGACAAGAUAGUUUUACUUUUGUCUGUAAACGAAAUUGAUAUCUUCGAUUGUCCUGUCACCCUGAAUGAUGAGCACGGCACCGUAACUUGGUAUAAAAAUGACACCAAGACGCCCAUAUCAGAGGAGCGGGACUCCAGAGUACAUCAGCACAGUGAAUGGCUUUGGUUUGUUCCUGCCAAGGCAGAGGACUCAGGAGAUUACUAUUGUGUAGUAAGAAACUCAGCUCACUGCCUCAAACUUAAAAGAACCGUGAAAGUUUUGGAGAAUGACCCUGGCUUGUGUUACAACAGAGAGGCCACCUUCCCACAGCGACUGCACAUCGCUGGGAAUGGAGCGCUUGUGUGCCCUAAUUUGCAUCGUUUUAAAGAUGAAAAUAACGAGUUACCCGAAGUUCAGUGGUAUAAGAACUGUGAAGCCCUGGCUCUUGACAACCCACAUUUCUUCAGAGUCAAAAAUAAACUGGUGGUGGCGGAUGUGGCUGAAGAGCACAGAGGGAACUAUACCUGCCGUUUGUCCUACACACACCUGGGGAAACAGUAUCCAGUCACCCGAGCAAUACAAUUUAUCACGAUAGAGGAAAUCAAGAUUGACAAACCUGUGAUUGUGAGCCCACGGAAUGAGACGAUGGAAGCCGACCCAGGGUCCAUGACCCAACUGAUCUGCAAUGUCACGGGGAGGAUCUCAGACAUUGUCUACUGGAAGUGGAAUGGAUCUGAAAUUGACAUGGACAAUCGACUCCUGGUUGAAGACCAGCAAUUUGAGGAACAUCCUUCACUCAAAACAAAGUUUAUGCUCACCACAAUACUUAAUAUUUCGGAGGUCAAAAGCCAGUUUUAUCAGUAUCCGUUCAUCUGUUUUGUCAGGAACACAAAUGUGUUAGAGUCCGCGUACGUCCAACUAAUAUACCCAGUCCCUGAUUUCAAGAGUUACCUCAUUGGGACCUUUGUCAUCUUAACAGCUACAGUUGUGUGCUGUACUUUCAUCUAUAACAUCUUCAAGGUUGACAUUGUGCUUUGGUACAGGGAUUCUUGCCCUGAUUUUCGCCCCCCAAAAGCCUCAGAUGGAAAGACCUAUGAUGCAUAUAUUCUCUAUCCCAAGACCUUUGGAGUUGGGUCCUCCUCAGACUUGGAUACUUUUGUGUUUAAACUAUUGCCCGAGGUCUUGGAGGGACAGUUUGGAUACAAGCUGUUCAUUUGUGGCAGGGACGACUAUGCUGGGGAAGAUGCCAUUGAUGUUACCAAUGAAAGUUUAAGGAAAAGCAGGAGGCUGAUCAUCAUCUUAGCGAGAGACAUGGGAAGCUUCAGCUGGUCGGGUCAGUCAUCCGAAGAACAGAUAGCGAUAUAUAGUGCUCUCAUCCGGGAAGGAAUUAAAGUUGUCCUGCUUGAGUUGGAGAAAAUCCAAGACUAUGAGAAAAUGCCAGAAUCGAUUCAAUUCAUUAAGCAGAAACAUGGAGCCAUUUGCUGGUCAGGAGACUUCAAGGAGAAACCACAGUCUGCAAAGACUAGGUUCUGGAAAAACUUAAGAUACCACAUGCCAGCCCAACAGCGACCACUGCUGUCUACACACCACCUACUAACCCUGGAUCCUGUGCUGAACACCAAGGAGAGACUUCAGGCAGAGACUCACUUGCCUCUUGGCUAGUGGAGUGGACCUAGAAUUUGGGGAUGUCUCCUGUCAUAUGAUUCUGCAGCUGGGCUGUGACUCCCAGUAGUGUGCACAGUCAUCAAAUACACAAGUGUAGUACCUUAUCCCCAGGUCACCUGGAAUAACAGGACUUGAUGACAAUUGUGGGCCAGGACCGUUCAGAGCAGAGGGCUUGGGGAGCCCUGGGGCCAUGGCUGCUCAGGGAUGCUGAUCAGGAUGCUGGAAUAAAGGUUAAAGCAGUGAUCUGGGGGAACAAAGUUCAUGAAAUGACUGCAUUUGUGGGUGGUUGAAUUAAGUCCUGUGCAGUCUUCCAGCAAGAGUGUGGUUGUCUGAGGACACUUUGGGGGUCUUUGGCUCCCCUAAGCCUCAAGGCAGGUGAGGCUUACUGACACCCUGCAAGGGAAGGCGUAACUUCCUCGCAUUUUCCAGAUACCUCGGCCACCAAACUUAGUUCCCAAAGACUCUAUUUUAUUUUAUAGACCUUGAAAACUGUCACUGCCACGAAGAAGGAUUCUCUGGGGUCCCCUUCACUGCAGCCACCUUAGCUUUCUGUAGAAGAGAGUGGAUUGUAAAUUACCUGUAGAAGGAAACCACUCACAAGUUUUCUCUAUAGGAGCUUCCACCCCAUCACUGUUGUUGCUCCAUCUUCCCUCUUGGGCGCCUCUCCGGGCUCCUUGCUUCUCUGGAAAUGCAGCUCUGCAAUGCUUCCUCCCUCCACCCUGUCUGGCACAGGCAGAGCCUGAGGAUUCACCUUCCUGCAUGAGACUCCGCUCUAAGCCCACCCCUCCCACACCCGGGGCUGCAGCACUAUGCAGCUCUUCCUGUGCAGAAAUCGAAGUCUGCAAGGUG